UCCCGCUUUUUCGACGGAAGCCAGCAGAACCCCGGUUCCCAGCAGCCCUUGCGGUAGCGCACCGGAAGAGGCGGCACCCUGUACCAAAAAAUGAGGGAAAAUAAGAGCAUGUCCGAGUGCCCGUCGCAAACGGCGAAAGAAACACCGGCGAAAAAGCAAAAACUGAGCAGUGACGAGAACAGCAACCCCGACUUAUCAGGAGACGAGAAUGACGAUGCGGUUAGCGUCGAGAGCGGGACGAACACGGAGCGCCCGGACACGCCCACCAACACCACCAACGCCCCGGGCAAGAAGAGCUGGGGCAAGGGCAAGUGGAAGUCAAAGAAGUGCCGGUACUCCUUUAAAUGUGUCAACAGUCUGAAGGUUCAGGAGGAUCACGGUCAGCCGCUGUUUGGCGUCCAGUUCAACUGGCACAGCAAGGAAGGAGAUCCGCUUGUGUUCGCCACCGUCGGGAGCAACAGGGUCACUCUGUACGAGUGUCACUCUCAGGGGGAGAUCCGACUCCUGCAGUCCUAUGUCGACGCUGACGCGGACGAGAACUUCUACACGUGCGCUUGGACCUACGACACCAACACCAGCCACCCCCUGCUGGCCGUGGCCGGCUCCCGGGGCAUCAUCCGGGUGAUCAACCACAUCACCAUGCAGUGCAUCAAGCAUUACGUGGGUCACGGGAACGCCAUCAACGAGCUCAAGUUCCACCCGAGGGAUCCGAACCUCCUCUUGUCCGUCAGUAAAGAUCACGCCCUGCGGCUGUGGAACAUUCAGACCGACACGCUGGUGGCCAUCUUUGGGGGCGUGGAGGGUCAUCGAGAUGAAGUCCUGAGCGCUGAUUUUGACCUUCUGGGGGAGAAGAUCAUGUCGUGCGGCAUGGAUCAUUCGCUAAAGCUCUGGAGAAUCAACUCGGAGAGGCUGCAGAAGGCCAUCCGGGGUUCCUAUGAAUACAACCCUUCAAAGACCAACAGGCCUUUCGUCUCACAGAAGAUCCACUUCCCGGACUUCUCCACACGCGACAUCCACAGGAACUACGUGGACUGCGUCCGGUGGUUGGGAGAUCUCAUUCUCUCCAAGUCCUGCGAAAAUGCCAUCGUCUGCUGGAAACCAGGGAAGAUGGAGGACGACGUCGACCACAUCAAAGCCAACGAGUCCAACGUGACCAUCCUGGGCCGCUUUGACUACAGCCAGUGUGACAUUUGGUACAUGCGCUUCUCCAUGGACUUCUGGCAGAAGAUGCUGGCUCUAGGGAACCAGGUGGGGAAGCUGUACGUCUGGGACCUUGAGGUAGAAGACCCGCACAAGGCCAAGUGCACCACGCUAACUCUCCCCAAAUGCACGUCGGCCAUCCGGCAGACCAGCUUCAGCCGGGACAGCAGCAUCCUGAUCGCCGUGUGCGACGACGCCUCCAUCUGGCGCUGGGACCGACAGCGUUGACACGCCCCUUCUUUCCACCAACCUCUGUGUCACCCAAACGUUUUUUGAUUAAAAAAUUGUGAAAUGUU